UAGGGGUGAAGAGGGCCAAUAAUAAUACAGUGGUGGGGAUUAACUACUAUAUACUACACGUCCCUGUAAUCUCUUUGUCACCUUUUCCUUACUUUUCUUCUCUCUCUCUCUCCCUCGCUUGGCGAUUCCUGACCUAGCUAUUAGAUAAUUGCAUCACCUUCUGUCUCUCUGCGUAACAAAAACUCAUCUCCAAUAUUGUUUUGAAGAUAUUAUUAGAUCACAGGAUUAAGAGAAAAGAGGAGGAUCGUCUUCACUAUAUAUACAAGAAGAACAAAAGAAGAGGGUUUUUUGAAGGAGAAGAGAUGAGUUCAACUAAUAUGGGAAGUCAAUUUGGAGAUACUACUUACACCAAGGUGUUUGUUGGUGGCUUAGCAUGGGAGACCCAGAAGGAGACUAUGAAGAAAUACUUCCAACAGUUUGGAGAGAUCUUGGAAGCUGUAGUUAUCAUUGAUAAGAAUACUGGAAGAUCCAAAGGAUAUGGAUUCGUAACUUUUAAAGAAGCAGAAGCCGCCAGGAAAGCUUGUGUGGAUCCUUCCCCUGUGAUAGAUGGAAGAAGAGCAAACUGUAACCUUGCUUCUUUGGGUGUUCAAAGAUCUAGACCUUCCACCCCACAGCAUGUAGGAGGCAGGAACUUCAGGGUGAUGAAAUCUUUCCACACAGGUGGGGUUGGGAGUCUACCUUUUCAUUCAACGCCAACUCUUCCACAUUAUGCCAUCCAACAAGGAAUCCCCUACACUGCUCUAUAUGGGUACGCUCCCAACUACACAUGCCCCAUGAGCUACUAUAGUUCAUUUGGAGGAACAAGCAGCCAGUAUCUUGUAUAUGGAACAGUGGCAAAUGGAACAAUUGCUAAUUCAAAUUCAAGUUUCUACCCGUACAUGCAAUAUGGGGUAGGGUUCGAUUUCCAGUAUCCUCAACACCACUUCCAGUAUCCGUUUAUUGCUACAUCCAGUGUCCCACAGCACUAUAGCCCACCAAUUUCAGUGAAUGCCAUCCCACACUCGCAGGCAGCCGCUGGUCCAAGUGUGAGUACGGCUAUUGCUGCUCCAACUGUUGCUGCCUUGGCACCCCAUUAUCCUUCUCAGACAAACUCUCUUCGCCCCAUCAGCAGCGUUUGAGCUAUACUCUUACUUAAUUAUUAACGCCUUGACUACUGAUCUCGAUCGGUUUCUCUCUUCUCUCUCAACUCCAUAUAAGCUAGGGACUCUUAUAUUCUCUCAACUCCAUAAUAGCUAGGGACUCCUUAUUUCAUCAGCCAUACUUCUCGAUAAUAUCUUCAUCACGUGAAGCAAUUUGUCCGAGAUGGGUUAGACUAGUUAGACGAUAUAUAGAACUAAGUUCAUAGAAUGGGAAACAGUACGGGACUGUAACUCACAUUCAUCAAAAUCAUCCUGUGCAGAGUCACUGGGCAUGGGAUGCCCAUUUGAGGCUGUUUUUGCUAACAUCAACAGGGCAGUUUGCUCUUACUUCUUACAUAUCCUCUACUCUCCUCUCCUCUUCUCUUUUGGAAAGGGAAGAUAUAUUCUUUGCUCAUAAUUAAUUUAAUUGCAUUUGUUUCUUAAUCAGUUUUAGUUGUAAAGAAUUCAUUGGGGCUAAACCAUUGGGGGGUCUAGCUCAAUUUUGACAGAUAUGCAAGAGCCGUUGUUUUUUUCAAACCUAGAGCUCAUGCAUGCAUGCUUUUUUGAUAUUCUCACUCGUAGCAUGUGUUUGUGUGUGUCUUUUUCUUCCCUCCUGAUUAAAGCUGAGAUAACCUGAGGAGAUAUUUUGGUCUGAUCCUUCGGUUCGUCCAGUGAACCCAUAGCCGUUCUUGGUUAUGGCUAGAGUUGAUUUUUUCACUCCCAAUUUGCUACUGCUUCCUUCUCCAUUCAUCAAGUCUCUCUCUCUCUCUCUCUCAUGGAUAUAUUUCUAGUGAGAGACACAUAUUUCAUACUUGUCAAGUUUGGAUUUCUAUAUUUAUUUCCUUCUGUCACACAAGACUCUGUUCUUAGAAAAGAAAAGACAUGCAUAUGUAAUCGUUUGUGAUUCUGAAGUUUGGUUUGUAAUAAGUGGCCCUGUUUUGCCACCAGUUUUGUAUCUCAAAUUUAGCGUGUCAAAAAGUCUUAAAUUAAAGGACAACUCCUUUGUGGAGAAAGAGAGUUGUUUCGUGGGAUUUAAUUAGGAAGAGGGAAGACUACCCCUCCUUGUGUAGUCUAAGCCUAAUGGAACUUGAUAACUUGAAAAAAGACAUUGUAUUGUAAUCACAUCUAGUUCACAAGUGUUUUUUCAGAGUCUAA